AUGAAACUGCUAAACCCUCGUUUUCUCAAUUCCUCUUCCGCAGCCCUUUUCUCUCUCUCUUUAAACCGCUUCAAAUUCCCGCCUCUCUCCGCCCACUCCCUGCUCCGGCGCCCUAAUCCACAGCUCCAGCAGCUGCGCUUUAGUCAAUUCCGCGCGGGAGCAGCAACAAUGUGCACAUCGCCGCCGUCCGUUCACGUGAAGGACCGAAUUGAUCUGACGCCGAAGGAGAGGGAGAUAUUCGACCGUCUCCUGCAGGUCCUCCGCCACUUCAAACUACAAACCCAGCUCCGCGUCGCCGGCGGCUGGGUUCGCGAUAAGCUCUUGGGGAAAGAUUGCUAUGAUAUUGAUAUUGCAUUGGAUGAUAUGCUGGGGCGUGAGUUUUGUGAAAAAGUGAACGAGUACUUGUCGUCUGAAGGCGUAGAGAUUCAUGGAAUUGGUGUGAUUCAAUGCAAUCCUGAUCAGUCAAAACAUUUGGAAACAGCAAGGAUGCGUCUUUUUGAUGUAUGGAUCGACCUUGUCAACUUGAGAGCUGAAGACUACAGUGGGAAUAGCCGUAUCCCAACAAUGAGGUUUGGCACUGCUAAAGAGGAUGCUUAUCGGAGGGAUUUAACGAUCAAUAGCUUGUUCUACAACAUCAAUACAAGUUCGGUUGAAGAUUUUACGGAGAAAGGCAUCGAACACUUGAAAUCUGGGAAGAUAGUAACCCCGUUGCCUCCAAAGCAAACGUUUUUAGAUGAUCCCCUACGAGUUCUCCGAGCUAUACGGUUUGGUGCACGGUUUGGAUUCUUGCUCGAUGAAGAACUGAAAAAAGCUGCUGCAGACGAUGAUGUCAUAGCUGCCAUUGCUGGCAAAAUUAGCAGAGAGCGAGUUGGCCAUGAGAUUGAUCUCAUGAUGUCUGGCAACGAACCUCUGAAGGCGAUGCUCCAUAUUUCCGAGCUGCAGCUGUUUUGGGCUGUAUUUAGUCUUCCGCUUAAAGCGGAGCCUCCGAUCCCAGAAGGAUGUGAGAGGCUUUGUGUUGCUUACAUGGAUUCAGCGUGGAGGCUUUUGCAAUUAAUAGGGCCCUCUUCGAUUGAUGACAACCAUUUGCGGCUGUGCUUGUAUGCUGCAUUGCUUCUUCCAUUGAGAAAGGCUGUUUACGAGGAAAAGAAAGGGAAGAAGAUUCCUGUUGUUAGCUACAUUUUUCGCAGUUCGCUCAAGCUGAAGGCUAGUGAUGCGGAAACGGUUUUGAGCAUGCAUCUCGCAGCAGAAAAUUUCUUGUCCUUGAUCCCGUUGAUCAUAUCUGAUGAGAAUUUACAAGCUCUUGAAGUAGACAAGAAAAGUGUUACUAUCGACGUUCCACUCCCAUCAAAACGCAGGAUAUUGACCGGGUUGCUACUUCGCGAGAUCAAGGAAUUUUGGCGGCCUUCUCUGGUGCUUUCGUUGCUCUUACACCCCCAAGAUAUCGGUUUGAGUGAAAAUUCUUCAAACAAGGAUGCAGAAUUGAACGAUAGAAGGGCACUAUAUAGCAGGGUAGAGAAUGCAAUUCUUGACAUGGGACUCGACAAAGUUUGGGAGCUGAAGCCACUAGUGGAUGGUAAACGAAUCAUGGAUAUAUUGCAGAUAAAAUCGGGAGGGCCUAUCAUUAAAGAAUGGCAACAAAAAUUGCUACAGUGGCAGCUCGCACAUCCCUCCGGAUCCACAGAAGAAUGUGUGGAUUGGAUGAAGGAAGCCCAAUCAAAGCGUGCAAGAACAGAGUAACUCGUUAUGCUAUUUCCGUCCGUUGAAAGCAUGCGUUUUUUUUUAAAUGGAGCAGAUGGUAUUAGAGUUUAUGUAUAGAAGGUUGGCUGAAGAAGACAGUAACUAACUGUUUUAGAUAAAAUUAUCAAUAUUACAAAUCUAGAUUAGAACCUAUGAAACAGAGGAAUUUUGGAAGUGACAUUUUAUUUCCAUUCUUGAUUGAAAUUGGAAAUUGAGUAUUAUGUGGA